CUCUCCAAGUUUUAAACGUAUACACCACUCAGCCAGUAACGAACGCUCGUCACGACCUCUAACGACAAGGCAUCCAACAUGUUUGGCCGUACUUCCAAUCACCGCGAAUACACCACCACCCGCCGUCACAACCGUGUCGGACACCGCUGGGGCGGCCGUCGCGAUCCCGACCGCGUCGCAGGCGGGUACAAGGCCGCGCUGCGCAACCCGAACACCACCCGCGACGGCCGCGAGCGCGCCAAAGCCGAGCUCAGAGCGAUGGUCAGUGGCCCGAAAACUCGUCACUACCAUAAAUCAGAUCCAACCGAGAUGAACGCUGAGCGCUGACGAUACCGUCGUGGCUCUCGGUUUCCACCCACAGGGACGCGGGCGCGAGGCGCACCUGACGCUGGGCCAGCGGAUCAAGCGCAUGCUGCACAUCCGCGCGACGCCGCGCAGGGAGCGUGAGCGACAGAAGGAGCGUCGCCGGUUCGGUUUCGGGCGGCGGUCUUCUCCCCGAGCAGCCCGAUACUAAAGUCUAAGCGAUAAACUUCGCUUCCUCCGCACCGGAGUCAAGGAGGAGAUGGAUAUACACCCUGACUUGCGAGCGGACGAUUGUCAGGCGGACAAGGAGGAUACCACGGACAUGGACCGAAGCUAUACCAUGUAUGAUAUGUAUAACAGCUGCGGAUUGAGAUAUUAGUGGGGUAUAUGCGGGCGUCCAAGGCCUGUCAUUCUUCA